CGCAGGACUAGCGAUGAAAGGAGGAGACAGCAGUCGUCGUUGAGGAAGUGUCCGUUCGAGACACAAAUGGAGGCGAAACCGUUGGUCACAUAUGCCGGGAAACCUGGUCUCUUCGAAAGUCUACGAGAGGCCGUUUGUCCCGCUGUUUCUGCCGAAGCUACAGAAUGGAAACGGAGUCUUGGACGGACGAAAAACGUCCAUAUCGACGCCAAUUGGGUGCCCUUCGACCGGGAUAAGCUGAGUGCCAACAGAGAGACUCUUCUCAAUCGACAGUAUUUACACACGUUCUGGACUGACUGUUCGGACUCUGACGAGUACCGCUCGACGGUUAAACAAGAAAUUAUGGUAUGGAUGGCAGACUUGAAGGGAAAGUCUCAAUGGGAUUGGUUCAUAGUCGUUGUCGAGGACAACUCGAGAAAGACUCCGGCCAAAACUACUUCGAAACUUCUGAAGAGUACUGUCUGGGACAAAAUUCGGAAUGAUUUCCCCAGUAAGAAUAUCGACAGAGUCAGUACGUUCGUUCGACCGUCCCGGUCGGACAAAAACGCUUCAUCGUUGAAUAGUUUCAUAGGGCAGUUUAGAAUCGCCUUACUUCAUGCGCUGAAUCGAGAAAUCGGAUACUAUGAGGACAAACUCAGAGAAAAACGAGAAGCACGGAAUCAACCCGCAUGGAGCUUCAUAGAUUUCUACUUUAUGCAGGAACAACUCGCUUUUGUACUGGAGACAAUGACACUAUACGAGGAUGCGCUAGUCCAAUACGACGAGCUGGACGCUCUUCUAACGCAAUUUGUUAUCAACGCUGCUCAUGAGCAAGAAAGCCCCAUGUGGCUGCAGAAUCUCACAGACUGCAAAGAUUCGUGGAGAGCUCUUUGCAUGAAAUCCGUCUGUCCAGUUGGUGAUCGAGGCCCGUUCGAAAACUCAAGAGGCAGCCUCCUCGAUCUGAGAAACAUGCUCCUGGUUCGGAUAUGCAACAUCCUCAUCCUGUUGUGCCGACCUUGGGAGAUGGCUCAGAGGGUACUGCCCUAUAUCCAGAACGCUCAGCUCGAACUCAAGUCUCUGGGCGCUGAAUUGACGAGACCCGGAGCUGUUGACGCGUGGGCCUUGGCGGCCUUCUUAGAAAUUCUCUUGGUAUCGGAGAGGUACAACGACUCCACCCAGGUCGAAUGCUACUCUCUGCACACGGCCCAGCUGUGGGCUCAUGCACGUCUCAAGAUGAAAGCGCUGGGCCAACUGUGCGGUUUGAUGCCCCAAGCGACACCGUCCUCGGAGCAGAUACACUUGGUGGUGAACAUUCUCGCGGGAUUGGGAGACGAUCCCCGCAGCGGGGAACAUGAGAUGAGUCCAUGCAGGCGAGUCUCCGAAGCUCUCUCGUCGAAGGAAUCCUUCAUGCGACACUACAAAGAUAUCUGUGAAAUCGCGAUGGGAACCUUCAAACACGUUGGAAGGCUGCGGAGCGCGCGACUCAUCGGGAAGGAUCUGGCUGAGUUUUAUCUCGAAAAAGAUGAACCCCAGAUGGCUGUCCAAUUCCUCCAAGAUCUUUUGAAAAUGUAUCUCAUGGAACAAUGGGUGCCGUUGGCAGUCGAAACUCAGAAGCAGCUCUUGAAGUGCUAUGAGCUCCUGUCGUACGAUCUCCUCUACCUGCAUACAGUGCUCCUGCUGGCGACCAAUUCUUGGUUGGAUCAGAUGGAACGCCGACACUUUUUCGACAACGUGUUAACAACGAAAGACAGAUUAGCAAAGAGUAUGAAAAAUAAACAGAAUUUGACUUUCGCUUUCGCGGGAAUAUUUUCACUCGAUGACCUGGAGGUCGAAAGUAACUCAUCAAUUCUAACAUUGAAUUCGAACGUCACUGUGAAAUUGACAAUAACGUCCAAUCUUCUCGCGGAGGUCAAGAUGAGGAAGGUUGCUGUUCCGUGUGCGGAGCUCGGAAAGGAUUCUGGUCAGGGACACAGAAUGAUGCCUCGUAAACCGAUUGUUCUCGGUCCAGGCUCUCGACGGCCCCCGCCCCAAAUCACGAUCCAACACGUGAAUCAGUCGAAUUCCGUCGGGCUCGUAUGUUCCAACCAGCAUCAGGUCCUCUCUCGCCAGGACAGCGCAAAUCUCGGCUCACCGUCGUCUCAAGAUAUCGUCAGAGUAAAAUCAGAUACGCUAUUUCUUGCCAAAGAUAUCUACCUUGCCCCUGGGCAGAAUAUCAUAAAAUUGCCCUUCAAAACCAGCCAAUGGGGUAACUAUGAGCUCCGUCAAGUCGUGAUGGAAUGGGACCAUCUAGGUUUCGUCGAGGAGUUGGAAAACAGUUUAUUGAGAACGAAAGUUGACAUCAUACAGGAGAAGUGCAAACUCAGUUUUGAGAUGCCGAAUUCAGAAUUGCUGGCUGGUGUCGAUCAGGUCGUUCAGCUCACGCUUCACGCCGGAAGCCAAGCCAUCGCGGCCUCGUCCUCCGUGACUCUGGGCUCUCCUUCGAGCGCUCUGCUAUUCGGGGAGGAUUCCAUCAAUAUCUUAGAAGAGAUUCCAGCCUUCGGAACGAGAACGUUUUCCAUUUCGUUGCGGAGUGAUUUCUGUGAUCAGUGGACUCCGAAAGGGGCGAUCCACGAGCUACAAGCUUCCGCUGCCUGGGAUGAUGUCAAAGCUUCCGUCAGACUUCGAUUCAAGCCACCGUUCGUCGUGACUCACAAGCUUCAUUCUUGCGAUACCGCCAAAUUCCUGCAGGUGGAGGUCGUGGGUCAUUCCGCGGAGAUAUUCUCGAUCAAGAACCCUAGAUUCGAGUGCCCGCCGGGGCUUCGGGCGCGAAUCCUCGCUGAGGUCGAACCAUUCAAAGUGAGCGCGGGCUAUUCGAACUCAUUCGUGUGGCAGCUCGAAUCCGACGGCGAUGUUGCGGUUCCUCUCAUACUCAGCUUUAGUUUGGAUUUCGAGUGGCUCGAGCACAGUCAGACGGGCGUUUACUCGGCAUCUUUCAAACUAGAUGCUUUCAAAACGCUCUACUCAAUCCACGCCACCGUCGAGCCCGAAUCUCAAGGUCAUUGCAAAGUCGAUGCGGUUUGCAAACUCAACAUACGCAUAAAGCGACUCAGUCCCGACGGCGACGAAGGAGGUCAAAUCCAUCUGGAAGUCUUGGUAGAUCCAAGCAUGUGGGCACUACUCGGGAAGAAUUCAGACGUUUUUUCUGUUGAGCCCCGGGACUAUACGUCGAGCAUAGAAAUGAAACCUCUCGUCAGGGGUUUCCUACCAGUGCCUCAAAUCAGACUGAUGAGAUAUCGGCCGCCGUCGAAAGCUGAUGCAUAUAACGAACUCGCCGAGGAAAAGCUGGAGCCAUUCCUGCCAGGUCAGAUUUACAAUUGGAGUCGAGCGUCGCAAGUACAUGUUCCGACAGCAGCACAUUCAGACGGCAAAUAA